AUGCUCGCCGCAGCAGACUCGUCGACAGAUGUGGAACACUUUCAUAACACAGCCGUGAGGAAGGAUCCGAUGUCGAAGGCACCUCACUUCCCGCAGCAGCCCGUUGCGAGGCAGAAUGACGACGGGUCCCUGGAGCUUGAGUGCUUCCUGGAAGCCAACCCCCAGCCCGACAUCAAGUGGUUCUAUGAGAACAACGAGCUGAAGCAGACCGACCGCUUCAGCUUCCGGCUGCAGAACAAGGGAAAUGACGCUUUCUCGGCCAUCCUUCAGAUCAAGGAUUUGGCCGACUCGGACGCGGGAGCCUACCGUUGCGCCAUCGUCAACCCACACGGCAAGGGUAACGCCAACUUCAACCUGAAGCUGACCGGCUUCUCCUCCCCGACCUUCGUCGAGAAGCCCCAGAUCUCGUCCCGCGAUGACGGCCAGGUUAUGGUGAUGGAGUUCCGCGCCAAAUCGAUCCUGAAGCCGACUUUCGUCUGGCAAAAGGGAGACGAGAUCGUCGCCGAGUCCGACCGCAUCAAGAUCGUUACCCGGGAAGAGGCCAACCAGGUCUACUAUGCCGCCCUUGAGAUCAAGGAGCCGACGAAGGAGAAGGACGCCGGCCAGUUCGUCUGCACAGCAAAGAACGAGUCCGGAAAGCUUACCGCAACCUUCACCGUCAAGUUCGAAGUUCCCCAGGGUGCCCCCACCUUCACCCGAAAGCCCCAAAUCCUGCAGAAGACCUCUGAUUCCGGAGAUCCCGCCAUCGUCUUCGACAUUGGCUUCCAGGCUGACCGCAACCCUGAGGUCAUCUGGUUGAACCCCAAGGGCAAGAAGAUGAAGGAGUCCUCCCGAAUCAAGUUCACCACCUCCCCCGACGGCGGCGCCAACACGUUCACCGCGUCGUUGGAACUCAAGAACUACAAGGCCAAGGACUCGGGCACCUACACCUGCAACAUCAAGAACGACGCCGGUGAGGCCAACGUCGAGCUCACGCUCAACAUUGAAGGUCCUCUUGAUGAUGGAGAUGGUGAUGACAGCCAAGCU